AUGACUCGCGGCAACGGUCCAUUCGAUCCGCAAAAUGGGGUCUCGCCAGAGCGAAAUGGAGAGGUCGGCAUGUUGAAGCCCGCAUGGCCCCAGUUCGAUCUCACUCCCGAAGUCUUUCGCCGCUUCAUGACGUAUGAAAGCGCUUUUGCUUCCGACGACAUCCCUCGAUCGGCUUCGUACCAUCUCCUCAACAGCGCAUCGAACAGCGCUGGAACCGAUGCUCAGCUUGCCUCAAGCUUUGUCAGCACUCCCGGCCAGGCCCAAGGCGCAGGUCGACGCCUCAUCCGAGGGGUACCAAGGAAGGCUGACGCCAACGCUCCCACAUCCGCCUCGUCAGCCAGACCGGCGCCUCCCGCCCAUAGUGCAUCCUCCUCAAGUGUCCCAGCGCAACCUCAUUCGGCGUCUCAUCCUACUAUUCCGCAAAUGCAGUCCGAUUCGCUCGCCUCACAGUCGCUGGCGCAGUACUUUCAGCAGCUCAAAGUUUCAGCCAAAGCGCAACGUCCGUUUACAUCACAAAGCUCGGCACCAUCCCAGCCGCAGAUUCAACAAGAGGACGUCGAGAGUCGCAUCACUAACAGCCCUCCAAGCUUCAACUUCCCUGCUCUGCCCGUCAUUUUGACGGACGACGGCUACAAUCACCGUCACCGUGCCGCGCAAUUCAUCUUGCUGUACAGCCAACAGGCAAACAGCGAAGAGCUAUCCCUGUGCAAGCGGCUGUCCUUGCCACUGCGUCGAGAUGCCUCUGGCCUCUUCAAACCACGUAGCCGCGGCAAUUCAGCAUCCAGAAGCAAAGCAAAAGGCCGGCCUGCCGUGGAAGGCACCGCCCGCUCCUCGCAGGACGAUGGCGAGAGCGUUGGCUCUCACGACCACUCGCACAACGCUUCCGGUGACGAGAGCGACCACCUCGACUUUGAAGGCUGUCACUCGGCUCAUCUUGGCAACAACAAGAAGAAGCGCAAGAGCAGUCGUUUCAACAGCCCAACGUCCCUCCUCGCAGCAACUCCCGACAAGAGCGUGCAGGUGCCCCCUCUCGACACCAACCCUAGUGCCACGUUGGCUUCUUACGUCAGCGUCCCCGCCGAGAGCGCCACUCGUGGUCGGGUACUUGCCGACAAAACCAACACAGUCCACCAAAAUACUGCUCGAGCCUCACGUCCCACCGAGAAGCCAAAAAGCGUUCUUCCUGCACCAUUUGAGCCGUCCUUCCUCCGUCGGGAUCCAGUCUGGCGUCCUCCACCAAGGCAGACCAUCGGUGACAGGCACAGAGAUGCGAUUCGCAAGCGCAUGCGGCUCCGGCUGGCACCCAUCCUGCAGCAGCGCAAGCUCGACAGGGCGCAGGAAGUAGCGCGAGUGAGUGCAGAACAGCGAGCGAGAGCAGAGGCCAUCGAUCAGCAAGCCAAAGCCCAUGCGGAUGCCCAAGUAGCGGGCGUCCCCGUAGAGAAAAGGAUCCCGCCCAAGCGCACUUCGAAAGCUGGAAAGAGAGCCCAAGCCAUUCGAGGCGGCAAUGCGUCUGCUAAUCCCCUCACGAUCGCAGAGAUUCGCGCAAGGGCUGCCGCUGCGGCCGGAGGUCCCGCGAGCAGCUCGGCUGCAGCAGCGAAGAGCAAGCCGGCACCCGCGCCAAAUAGCACGACGUCGUCCCGCGUCGCCACCCGAAACUCGUCACCGACGCCAGCCAAGGACCUAGGUCCCGCGGUCUCAAGGUCUAGUUCCGUCGUGGGGCCUCCCAGGAUGGAACGCAACCUCUCCAGCAUCAGCGCUGCCACGUCGUCCAAGAUCGCACUUGCGUCGCCGUCCAAACCCGCACCAGCAUCCGAUUUUACUUUCCGAAUGUCAUCAGCCGUCACUAUCCGUCUUGGCGAAAUGCGCGCCCAGCUCGACGCUGCAACGCGCGAGCUCUCGGACACGACGCUGUGCGAGGACCCGCGCGGCAUCGUCAAGGCGCUCGGCGAGUCGAUGUACCUGCCGCAGACGCAGAAGGCGUCGUCGCAGGCGAUCCAAAAGACGAUACAGCACCAACAUCAUCCGGACGUCCCUGGUAGGGUGACUAGCGAGCAGCGGCCGCAGAUCAACACUUCUGAGGCCGUUCCAUCAGCGGCUGCGAUCGCGCCUCGACCGCAAGACAAGGCCCAGCAGGGCAGGAGAACAUCUUCGUCGGCAGUGCACAGGCCAACCCCGUCGCCCGCAUCCACGACCAAAAAGACCAAUGGUCGGCACAAACCCGCCUCGCCCGCACACAAGCACACGGCCGCAUGCAAGCACGGCCACGCUCCACCAGCGCCCGGCACCACCUCUGCGCUGUUCACCGACGCCGACUGGAUCUGUCUCUUUUGCGAGUACGAGCUGUACUACGGUGCGCCGCCGCUGAUGCUUCGUGCAUGUCGCAACCGCAAGAAGCUGGUUGAGAAGAAGAGUCGAUCGGUGGGUGCGCGGAAGAAGGCCAGUGGCAAGGCUCGGGGAUGCGAGCACACGUGUCACGAUCAUGCGAGCGUCAGCGACGAUUGCCACCACCACCACGAUCACGAACACGAACGCGGACACGGCCAUGGCCACGGUCACGAGCGCGAAGGACGUAGAAGCGGACGCCAUCCAGAUCGGCCGCCGAGAGAAAAGCGAGAGGGCGAACGCGACCGUUGCGACUGCGGCAACUCGAUCCACUCUAGCGACUUUGACGACGAUGAUCAGUCGAGUACCUGCUUCUGA